AAAAAAUAAAUGUAUACAAAAAACAGUUCAAUGAGCAAAUCUUAAUAGAUACUUAAUUUGUACAGUAGUUUCGUACACCCACAAACAUAACAUAAACAAGUAUGAUAGUUCUAAUAGAGAAUAAAUCAGACAAUGAGAUUCACAAAAGAUUGGGAGCCAUUCUGAAAAAAAAUUGUUCACCUUACUAGAAACCAUUCUAACAUAAAUAGAAUAGCAAGCAAGGAAAUUAAUAAACUGAGAUAUUGAGUCAUUUAACAUCAUCUCCAAUUUAGUCUUUAAGAUUUAAAAGAAUAAGUUCAAAAUAAUAAUUAUAGUUGGAAUCAUAUGAAGAACCAAGAUAGUAAUCAAAAGAGAAUAUGGUGUAUAAAAUUAUGUCAUCAAAUUAGUGAUAGAUAAUGUAAUAAGAUAAAAAAGUGCAAUGAAAAGAGUUUAGUAACUCUUAUUGAGUCUACAAAGAGACUAUUAGAGGAAUAUAAAAAUCGAUUGGAGAAGGCUGAAGGCGAGAAAAAGUAAUUAGAGUAAGAAGUAUAAUACUGGAAAUAAAAAUCUGGUUAUUGAUUAUAUUUUGAUUAUUAUUA